AUGUCAUCUGCCACCAAGGAGUGUGAUUACCUCGUCAUUGGCAUCGGCAGCGGGGGUAUUGCAUCCGGACGACGAGCGGCAAAGUAUGGCGCAAAAGUCAUUGCCGUCGAGUCGUCGCGAUACGGAGGAACCUGUGUCAAUGUCGGUUGCGUGCCCAAAAAGGUGACGUGGAACGCGGCGGCGAUUGCGGAAACUUUCCACGACGCAAAAGCGUAUGGCUUCCAGGUCGGCGAGACGCCAGCUUUCGACUGGCCAUACUUCAAGAAGAAGCGGGACGCCUAUGUCAAACGCCUCAAUGGCAUCUACGAAAACAAUCUCAACAAGGACCAUAUCGAGCACCUGCGAGGCCGUGCAAAGUUUGUCGCCAAAGAUGAGGUGGAAGUCGCACUCCAUGACGGAGGCGUACAGCGCGUAAAGGCAAAGCAUAUCCUCGUUGCCACCGGUGGCCGACCCAAGAUCCCCGAGAUCCCCGGCGCAGAAUUGUGCAUCACAAGCGACGGCUUCUUCGACCUCGAGAAACAGCCCAAGAGCAUCGCCACCAGCGGUGCGGGGUACAUUGGUGUGGAGAUGACGGGCAUGUUGCACGCCCUGGGCACGAAGACACACUUCUUCAUCCGUGGCGACAAGCUGCUCCGCACAUUUGACCCCAUGAUCCAGGACGCCGUGACCAAGGAGUACGAACGCCAGGGCAUCCAACUGUACAAGGGGUCGCAGAUUACCAAAGUCCAAGACAUGGGCAAUGGCAUCAAACGGGUGACCUACCAGGAGACGGCAACCAAGAGAGAGUCCACGGUCGAAGUUGAAGAAGUUCUUUUUGCCACUGGCCGCGUUCCCGAAAUCGAAGACCUGCACAUUAAAGACUUUGGCAUCAAGCUCAACGACCGUAAUCACAUUGUAGUGGAUGAAUUCCAAAACACUUCCUUGCCCAACGUCUACGCCAUUGGUGAUGUCUGCGAUCGUGGCUUCGAGCUGACGCCUGUUGCCAUCGCCGCGGGCCGCCGCCUCUCGGACCGCCUGUUCAAUGGGCAAACGAAUGCCAAGCUAGACUACAGCAACAUUCCCUCUGUCGUCUUUGCUCACCCUGAAAUUGGUUCCAUCGGUCUCACCGAACCGGAAGCUCGCGAGAAGUACGGUGAUGCGGUCAAGAUCUACAAGACCGAGUUCACGGGCAUGUACUAUGCCAUGAUGGACCCGGAGGACAAGGGCCCAACGAGCUACAAGAUUGUGUGUGCGGGCAAGGAAGAGAAGGUUGUCGGACUGCAUAUUCUGGGGCAAGGAAGCAGUGAGAUCCUGCAAGGGUUUGGCGUGGCGAUUAAAAUGGGGGCGACCAAGAAGGACUUUGAUAACUGUGUUGCAAUCCACCCGGUAUCGGCUGAGGAACUGGUUACCAUGACCUGA